UUUGUCUCCCGUGGACUUUUUUCCAGGAAUAACUAAUUCGCAAAAACGCGCGAUCGUUAAGAGCGUUUAGUUCUAUAUAUAUUGUGAAAGUUAAAACGUUUUUUGGAACCAUCGAAAGCGUCGCAGUUUAACGCAGAACACUGGUGAUUGUGUGCGGGCCACAACCUCAUCGCCGCCCCCGCCACCUUCUCGUCGUCGAAGUUGUUGUCGCCACCUCGCUGGGACCUACGGACAGGUCCAGUUUUAUACAGAAAUACUGCAACUUGCAUACGUCGCGCGUCGAUUAUGUCAUUUAUUAAUAAGAAGCGUCUUAAUGUUGUUUAAAAAUGCGUUAAAUGUUGCACGUACGACACCAAAAACCUCUAAAAAUGUAGACUGCGAAUGUGUGCGCAGAUAAUGGAUGUUAGUUGUAGCUAUAUAAAUAAGUACAUACAUAUAUACAUACAUAUAGAAAGAUAUAUGUGUACGCAAAAAUAUACAUACAUAUUUAUAUAAAGUAUAUGCGCCGCAGCACGUCGCCGUUGUUGUUGCCAUCGCCAACCACCGGGACCCAAGUGCGGUUUGGCUGCUGCGAUGCCUCACGCUAGACAACCACUGUGUCGUCUUCGAUAGAAAAGUCCUACAAUUUGAAUACACAUAAACACACACUACUGAAACACCACAAACGUCAAAUGGCCACAUUCAAUGCAAAUGCAACAGCUAACGCCGCGGACGUCUUGAGUUCCUCGGUUGCCGCCGCUGCAGCAGCAGCGACAUUUCUAGUGCCCUCCACGACAACGCCAGCCGGAGCAGCCGCUGGCACACCACUGCACUUAGAACAGUUUGGUGCUAUACCAGCAAAUACGCAUUAUGUGACUGCGCCUCUGCAUCACCAUCACCAGCAAACUAACUCCUCAUACACUUUUGUGCAAAUCAAGCGGGAGCCUUGCCAAGUUUCUGAAAUUAGCUCCAAUAAUUGCCAUCAGCAACAGCAGCAGCAGCAGCAUCACCACCACCAGACGGCUUCCACAUCACUCACAGCGGCUGGUCUGGGCACCGUUUCGUCUUCCUCAGUUACAGCAUCGGCCACAUCCAAGACCAUGUCGUCAUCCACUCUCACAACCCUGGUAAAAAUAGAGGCUUCUUCGCCCAAAGUAUCAGAUUUGGAGAAGACGACGACGGUGCCACCGCUGGGGAGCACAAGCAACUCUGUGCCCAUUGGCAUUGCAGUAGCACGUAAACGUCCUCAGGAAACUACAACAGCCACCCUGAACAGCGCUGCGACCCUGCCGCUGCAGCAGCCACUGAGCAAGGAUAUGAAUUGCUUCGGCAUACGCGUAGCAGACUUGGGUGCCCCCAGCUGUGGCAACCUGUUUUUUACGGGCAACGGCGAUUUGAUGACCAGUUCAGCCGCCGCCGAGGAGUUGGCUCUGAGCGCUGCUAGCGUCAAUCGUGCGCCUUCUGCCUUUUGGCAGUAUUCAAAUCCAUUACCCAUUGAAUCAGUGAUUUCCAUGUCGCCCGCCACAGUGGGCUUGCAAUACUCACGCGAGGCGAGCCGCGGACAGGUGGUGCUGCUGCCCGCCGCUCCAGCAGCGCUUGGCAUAUCAAAUUUUCCUAUCUUAACACCCACAGAUCCGUUUCAACAGGCAGCAGCAGCAGCGGCCUUCGUCUUACCGUACAUACCCCAGGCCGCUGCGCUGCAGCAGCAACAACAGGCGCAGCAAUCCUCGCCUGCCAACUUCUUUUUCCCCCCGAUGGCCGCACAUUCAACAUUGAGCGCCACGCCAUCAUAUGCCUCCCCAUUGCAACUUUAUUUGGCCGCUGCAGCCAACCAGCAGACGAACACAAGUAGCACCACGACCACCAACUCUAUUAAUUUAAGCUUGAGUGGUGCCACCAGUAGCAGUUGCAGCAGCAGCAUGAGCAGCACCAGCUCGCGUUUCCUGAGUCUGGCCACCACAGCGCCGGCGGCCAUGAAGAUGGAGGAGUACAAUGCUAGCGAGUACAAGCAUACAACUCUAGCGGCGGCGCAGCCGCUCUCGUUGCCUGUGCCGCCGUUGGUGCCGCUGGCACCACCGCCACAAACCACCGCUCUCAACUACGAGAUGCGUGACAAGCUAACGAACACAAAUAGCACCUCAUCCAAUCUUCUGGAGCUGCAGGCAAGCAGUGCACAACACGCCCUGAAUCUAAUGCGCUUGCCAACACCGCCGACUUCGGCCACAAUUGAAUCGGCACUCAGCCAACAGCCCCAUCAAAUACUCUUCCAGACGGGCGCGGCCUCGCUGCCUACACCAACAACGUCCAUAGGACCGCCCACGCCCACACCGGCAUUGCUGAAUCUGUCCAUGCACAGUGCGACGUCGUUACCCACACCAACCACGUCCAUAGGACCGCCCACGCCUGGUCCUGCACCCUGUGAUGAAGCGGCUCUUAACUUUAAGCUGCACACCCCGCUAACGCCGCAGACCCCACCACGUUUAGUGGUGAGCAGUGGAAAUCCACCCAGUGCCGUCACCUCUCUGAUGCCACAGAUGCAGGAUGUUAAUAUCCAAACCGAUACACCGGUCUGCAGCGAGGAUGAGAACUCAUCCUGUCCGCUGAAAGUGCAGGAAACAGAUGCUGAUGCAGCGCAGCAGCCGCUAGAAUUGACAAAACAGCCCAGUGAACAUGUAACCGAGUGCCAUAAUCAAGCCAGUAACAGUCCCAGUGCAGCAGCCUUUAGUAGUUCCAUUGAGCCAGUGCAUAAGGAAGCGCUGCCAACGCAAAUGCAACCCUUGCAAUCGGUGCAGCAGUCGGCAAAGCUAUCCCCCCCGCAAGCGGCGGCUGAAGACCUUACCGGAUUGGAGUUGCUGUCUAAUAUCAGCACUAACAGUACCCCCCUGGUGCGUGUCAAGCAGGAGCCCAUGGAGCAUGCCGAGCAAUUGGAGCAUGCAUUGGUGCCAAGUGCGGUUAUGACUACACGACGGCUGACGCCACCCCCACCAGUUCAAGUGACCACAGCGAUCGAUGUAGUCGCUCCAUCGGAACCACUUGGCGGCCUCAAGCUGCUUUGUGCGCUUGCCGAACAGCGUAUACAAGAGGAAGAGGUGCAGGGUAGUAGUCUCUUUGCCACGCCCACCUCCCGCACACCUUCCCCAUCAUUACCAUCGUCACUACCGACACGCUCGCCCGAGGCUGUUGUCAUGGAUUCUGGUAGCAUAUUGACAAAGUCAUGUUUUGGUUUUACGCAGCAACAGGCACCAAGUUUUCGUCUGGAGACGUCCACUUUCCAGAUGUCGCUGAGCAGCAGUAGCGGCACAUUUCCCUCAAUGGAGGGCAUUGAGCUGCCCACCACGUCCAGUAUGAGUGCCAGCUGUGAGCUGUCGCCCGCCAAGCGUAAGAAGCACAAACAUUCCAAGUCCUCCUCGAGCGCCUCUGACAGUCGCAAGUCAUCGCGUUGCAGCAAAAAGAGCAAGAAGAAGCGGAAGCAUAGCAGAGAGGUUGCCAUUGGUGGCGAUCCAGGUGAGGAGCUGGAUCUGGAGGAUGAACAGCUUAAGUCGGAAUUGCGCACUGCGCUUCACCCGAUGAAUCAAAAUCAAAGCGAUGCCGAGCGUCUCAGCCGGGAGGUCUAUAGCAUCAUGGACAAUAAUAUGCGCAUGCGGUUGGCGAAUAUUAACCGCCAAAUUCGCAAGAAGAAGCGCAAACUCGAUGAGAUUAACAAAUUAAAAAAGAAAAAAUGCUCCAAGCAGCAGCAGCAGAUUCAGCCCCAGCCCACACAGAUAACAUUGACGUCGACGCUUUCAGCGCUUCACUCAAACAACGUCCUGAGCACUUCAUCGCCUUUGCGGGACUACAAAUUUCCAAAAUUUUCGAGCAGCAAUUUGCAAGGAUCCAGUUUUCUGCGCUUCCCAGAGAAGACGCACUCAUUCCCACCUCCACUAUCGCCUGCACAAUUGUGCACCAAUCCAGGCGACAGUCUUUUGCCCUCUGGCAGUAACGUUAAUACUCCGUCUUCGUCGUUUGUGCGGCUCGAGCCCAGUGCUCUUGAUGCGGCAAAUAAUAGUCGGGUGACAGCUUCUAGUGCCACUUCUGUGUCCUCUUCCCCCUCUACCUCUUGCUUGGUGUCUGGCAAUGGUUCUCGACUAGCACACAAACAUUCGGCCGGCGACAAAGCCGCUCAUCAGUUGGCACGGAAGGAGCGCAAACUUGUGGCUAAAAACGCGGCUCGAACAGCGGCGUUGGAGCAACGCGAAACAUCAGUCGCUAAUGGCAGUACUAGCAACAACAAUAACAAUAAUAAUAAUAGCAGCAACAACAGCAAUAAAAGCGCCAUAGAUCGGGAGCUGCAGCUCACUAGCGAGCAUUUGUAUCGCGACGAGACCCGCGUUCUCACGGACAUGGGCGGUCUGUUUUAUGCUGGUGUAAUGAAGCCCUUGCGGCCGCCCGAUGUUUAUGCAAUCACACUGGACGGUGAGCGCGGCAACAAAUCACAUGUGAUGUCGCGAGAGGACAUACUCAAGGAUACGAUACUCGAGGUGGCGCCGAAGAGUGUUGACAACGUGCCUGUGGGCACACGCUUAUGUGCCUACUGGAGUCAACAGUAUCGCUGCCUUUAUCCAGGUCGUGCCAUUGAAUCCGAACCUUUUCUGGAUGCUGCAGCACCGGCAACACCGCAGGACUUUGUGAGCGUGGAGUUCGAUGACGGUGACAGCGGCAGGAUCCGCUUGCAGAACAUACGUUUUCUGCUUAGCCAUUAUCCGAUUGCGGAGUACAACGAUAAUCCCCUCUACUCCUUAGGCAAGCAGAAGCGUAGCAGUGCUGGUGGCAGUGGCUCCCGCAGCGGUGGCGACACACAGGCCGCGAACGAGCAUAGCUCUCUGUCCGGCGAUGAUCAUCAUAGCCACCAUGGCUUUGCCAUGACCACUGACAAUAUGACGUCACUAGCCGCCACUAUGGAGCUGUUUAAUCAACGCAGCGAAAAGAAGCGCCUAAAGAAGAGUCAAAAGAAACUAAACAAAUCACAAAACGGCACUCAACAGGCAACAAUUAUCAACAAUAAUAACAGCAACAGCGGUGGUACUGUGAAUGGCUGCCACAACGGUGGCACGGAUGUGAGCGUAGCGCCCAGCGACAAUCUCACUGAGGGUAGUCGGAAGCAUCAUAAGCACAAGAAGCGCAAGAAGCACAAGAAGCAUCAUAGAAAAAAUGCCAACGAGGCUGAGGGUCAGAUUUACUUAACACAAGCUGGUAUUGUUCCACACAUGCCGGAGGCCGAGUCGGAGGCAAUAGAUGUGACUGCACCUACAAUAGAGUCCUCUUUAGAUUCAAAAGCCGCCCAACAGCGCGGUAGAGUGGAUGCACUGGCUAAAGUUAAAACGGAGCAAUUGGACAUGGAAGAGGAGACUACGUCCAACAUGAUGUCUGAGAUAUCUGAUGAGGUCAAGGGCGACGAACUGGUUGAACACAACAACUCCAAAGGCAGCAGCAAAAUUGCAGCAUUUUUGCCGGAGCGGCAGCUUUGGGGUUGGUUUGGCACCGCCUAUCGUAAGGCGGGCGUCAAGGGUCGAGCCAGAAAGCAAUUCUACAAAACAAUCAAAAGGGGAAAGGAGACCAUUACGGUCGGGGAUUGUGCAGUAUUUUUAUCAACUGGAAGGCCGGAUCGACCUUACAUUGGACGCAUUGAGUCUAUGUGGGAGACCACUACUGGCAAUAAAGUAGUGCGCGUAGCUUGGUUUUAUCAUCCAGAAGAAACGACGGGCUGUCCCAAACUUAAAUAUCCGGGUGCUCUCUUUGAAUCGCCGCACGAGGAUGAGAACGAUGUACAGACCAUAUCUCAUCGCUGCGAGGUGCUGCAGUUUCCAAACUACUUCGCCAAGUUCGGCGCCGAUGCGAAGCAAUAUCAAUCCAUAUACGAUAACAAUGAUACAUAUUAUUUAGCUGGCAAAUAUAACCCAAGGUUACUAGUGCUGACACUACAAGACGAUAUUCCAACUCUCGAAGAGCUGCAAAAUACUACAACUACAACAACUACUACGGAGAAUUAAUUAAGAAGAAUGCAUUGAUAGCAGAACAAGCAUAAUGGAAAUGCAUACAAAUCUAUAUAUACACACAUACAAUAUUAUAUUAUAUUAUACAUAUAUUUUACUAUAUAUACGUGAAACAAAACAGAAAACGAAAACAGAAACAGAUGAAUCAUAUAUGUAUACACAUAUUAUUUCUAUAUUUUAAAGCGUAUAUUUUAAAAGGAAAAACAAAAAUUUAGUGAGAGAGAGAGAAAAAGGAACUAAGCAACUAAAACUAUACAUGUGUAAGCUUCAAGCAAAAGCAACUGCAAUUUUAAGUCUAAAUUGUAUAAUGGAAACAAACGAGGAAUGAAUGUUGAAAUUGAAUUCGAGUUAUAAAAAUUCAAAAACGUAUUGAAAGUUCCGCAAAAUGUUAACAAACAGCACCGUCUAACGUAUGGCAGGCAGGCAGACAGGCUGCCAUUUGUGAGUGCUCCUUAAUUUCUUUACAACCACCACCAACACAGCUCCAUAAACAAACACGCAUACAUACAUGUAUACCACAUAGGUCUUACCUAUAUACAUAAAAAACAAUAAUACAAUUGUAUUUCAAAUGAAGUUUAAAACAUGUUUAAUGAUUUUAAGCAAGAAACAUGCAGCAACUACUACUAUAAAUGUAACAAUUCAAUGUGAUAGCAAAACAAAACAGAUGUUGAUGUGUAAAGAGAGAGAGAGAACGAUGUUUAAGAAAAUAAAUAUAAUAAUAAAAGCAGAAAACAAGCGGCUAUUAAUUAUUUGCAGAUGGUAAUUAUUCCUCGGCAGACCUAGUUUAGUUUAUGGGUUGGUAGUAUGGUGGCCAAAUAGCCAAUUAUCAUUCACGUAAUUGGUAGGUUAAUGGAUUGUUCCGGAAUGGGGUCGCUUUUAAUAUGAAAGACCAGGGCUACGUUUAGCUAAAUGGC